AUGUUUGCCGCGCAGUCCUCGUCCCCAUCGGCGGGGAGGAUUCUCCCGCCUGCACCGCCGUCAAUCAUGACGACGACGACGUCGUCGUCGUCGUCGUCCGCAUCCGCGUCCGCGUCCCAGCAUCUCAGCGUGUCGAGCGCGGCGCGCGGGCAGCACUCUCAGUCCUCCAACACAUCCAUCUCGGGGCCGCCGCCGCCGCAGCAGCAGCAACUGGUCCACAACAUAGCGCAGCAUGCCUCAACCGCCCUCGCACCAUCGGCCUCACCACCCCCACUACACCAGACCCUCCCCAGCGAGGACCAGGAGCGCAACAUUUCGGAAGCGCGAGCGGCCGUCGUCGCAUCCAUCGGGAACAUGCUCGACGGCGAGCUGCAGACGCGUGCCCGCAUGCUGCACUCCAACGCCGCGGCGCUGGACAAGCAGGAGAGGGACGUCGUCAGGGCCACAGACGCGUUGCGUAAAGAGAAUGACAAGCUGGCGCGGUUCGCUGGGGACGCGGCACGGCGGGUCAAGGAGCUGGGUAACGUGCAGAACUGGGCCGAGGUACUGGAAAGGGACUUCCUGGUGCUUGAGGAGACGCUUCGGUUGGUGCGGGAGGGGAGCUGCGGGAGCGAGUGUGAGAGCUGUGGGAGCGGGAGCUGGAGCGGGAGCGGGAGCUGGAGUGGGAGCGAGGCUGGUGAUGGAGAGGGGGAUGUACGAAUGGGGAAUGAUGGUAGUAAGGGGCCGAAAAAAGGGAAGAUGAAGUUGGGUCAGGAUGGGGUUGAUGCCGGGUCGAUGGAGGUUGAUGGGGGCCAUGAGGACUGCUUAGAGAGCCAGAGUUUGACCGAGGCUGAGUCGGUCAACGGCACGGAGGGGGGCCGGACGAAAGGGUCCGAGACGACGUCGAUUUCGACCUUGUGA